ACAGCAUGGCCCAGCUCUUUAUGUUCCUCCGACUUGAUGUCGCCUGGAAUCAAAAUGCAUACACUUGUAGGCUACUCGCACUUGAGAUGACUGACGAUUUUUCCUGUUCCUAUGAGUCUCUGUCAACAUAAUUAUACACAGGAUUGUUUGCCCAAGAUGCUCCACUUUGCAGAUCUGGGUGCAAUAUCACUCGCGAACGUGAAUACUGUGAUCGCGGGAUGUACUGUUUUCGCAUUGUAUUACCUAUUUCGGUUCUUCAAUUCAAAGAAAUUGAAUUUCGAUGCGCCAACUAUAGGCGACGCGAGUGAUCUUCGAUCUGCUCUGACCACGGGUUACAAGCAGGUAUGAUUUCCUCAUUUUGUACAUUGCAAAAAUUAACCGAAAUGUAGUGUCCAGAUACGCCUUUUCUACUACCAACUGCUGCUCACCCGACGAUUAUCUUACCAAUGAAAUACAUCAAUGAAAUUAAAUCUCUACCUCCAAACAAGAUCUCGUUUCUCGAGGAGUUUAGAGACAGAUACUAUGGGCAUUACACAGCAUUUGCAAACAACGUAGAAGGAGAUGCAGUCACAGCUAGUGUUAAGGUUGAUCUCACGCAGAGUAUUGCGCGUGCAUUAGAAAAUAUGCAAGUUGAGACUGAGCUUGCUUUCGCAACCGAAAUGCCGAGAAACGAGGACUGGACGACAGUCACACUCUAUCCCAUUAUUUUACGCAUGGUGGCGAAAGUCAGCGGGCGGGUGAUGGUAGGCGAACCCCUGUGCAGGAAUGAAAAAUGGAUUCAAAUAUCAACCACAUAUACACGUGAUACCUUCAUGGGAGGACAAGCAAUGUGGGCAAAAAAUCCAUUAUUUAGACCAAUAUAUGCUCUGUACUCCCCAGAAUUGAAAAAGGUCCGACAGCAUUACACAGAUGCAGCAAACUUUCUGCGCCCUAUUUUCAAUCAGCGAUUUAAGGAAAUGGAACAAGAUGGCUUCAAAAGACCUCAAGACAUGAUUCAAUGGAUGAUCGACAAUUCAGGAGAUAAUGCUAAAGAUGCAACUUUCCAAGGUCGAUGCCAACUCGUAAGUCAGAAGUAACCAAACUAUGAAAGAGACUACAUGCUGACCUCACCUCAGCUGAUAGGUCAGUCAUAUCUCAACUCCCGCCAUUUAGUGACAUAAAACUCAUCGUUAAAAAACAGCAUUCGCAGCUCUGCACACAACAUCAGGACUGGUAAGUAUAAACCUAUCGCAAACCCAUGUGGAGGCGAUGAGUUCAAGCUAAAUUCUCCAAUAGCUAGGUAACGUGAUUCUCGAUCUUGCUGCACGGCCUCACUAUAUCAAGGCUCUUCGGGAGGAGCUAGACGCCAAUCUCCCCGAAGGUGCACAAAUCACAAAGCAAAUACUCACCAAGCUACAAAAGAUGGAUUCCUUUUUGAAGGAAAGUCAAAGAAUCAACCCGCUAAACCUCGGUAUGAAUCUCGGCCUCUAAUUUUUUUCUUCAUGCACCUACUGAUGGCUGAUGGACAUCAGUCACUAUGAAUAGAAAGAUGAUGGAUACAGUACAACUUUCCGACGGAACAAUCUUGCCCAAAGGAUCUUUUGUUGGUAUGGCCGCGGGUUCUAUCGCAUUUGACGGCAGAAUUUUCGAGAAUCCAGAAGAGUUUGAUGGUUUUCGAUUCGAGAAGCUCAGACAGCAAGGAGGUGCCGAAAAUAAAUACCAGUUGGUAACGACUGGGAAGGAUAGUUUAGCCUUUGGUCAUGGUAUGUCUGCCCUCUUUAUUUUAAUAGUUACUGCCAGCUUUCUGGGAUAACCGAUCUUCUGAAUAAUAAAAGUACUGACGCAUUGAUUCAACAGGAACACAUGCAUGUCCUGGCCGUUUCUUCGCUAGCAAUGAGAUUAAGACAAUGUUGAUCGAAUUUCUCCGGAAGUACGAUUUUCAGCUGCUUCCUGGAACAGAAAGGCCGAAGAAUCUGAAGAGUGAUAUGAGCCUGGUCGUUGACCCUACUGCGAAGAUACAGGUCAGACGGAGAGCGAUGUAAAUAGUAUGCAAAAGCAGUCUAUUAGAAUGACUUCUACUUUGAAUUGAAAUGAUCCUUCUUAA